GCUAACCGAGGGUCCAAACAUUCAUCCAGUGGCUGGCCACCAUGCCGCGUUCCUUCCUGGUCAAGAGCAAGAAGGCGCACAGCUACCACCAGCCGCGUUCCCCGGGGCCAGACUACUCCCUCAGUCUGGAGACUGUGCCCGCGCCCGGCAGAGCAGAUGACCCUGUGAGUGCAGGCGAGGAGAAGAAUGAACCCCAAGACCGUUUGUCCCCCGACUCUCAGCUAACCGAAGCUCAAGACAAAGCCUCUACGUCCCCUGACAGCUGCGAAGGCAGCAUUUGUGACCCGAGCUCCGAGUUCGAGGACUUCUGGAGGCCUCCUUCUCCCUCGGUUUCUCCAGGCUCCGAGAAGUCGUUAAGCCGCUCUCUGGACGAAGUUCAGCCCUACACCCUGCCUUUCAAGCCCUAUGCGUGGAGCGGCUUCGCAGGGUCCGACCUGCGGCACCUGGUGCAGAGCUACCGGCAGUGCACCGCCUUGGAGCGCAGCGCAGGCCUGAGCCUCUUUUGCGAGCGUGGCGCCGAGCCGGGCCACCCCGCCGCGAUGUACGGCCCUGAGCCGGCGGCGGGUGGAGCCGGUGCGGGGCCACCUAGGAGCUGCGGAGCCCCAGGAGGAGGCAGCAGUGGCGCAGGCCUGGGGCUCUACGGAGACUUCGGUCCUGGGGCGGCCGGGCUGUAUGAACGACCGAAUGCAGCAGCCGGCCGGCUGUACCAAGACCGCGGCCACGAGAUCCACGCAGACAAGAGCGUGGGCGUCAAGGUAGAGUCAGAGCUCCUGUGUACCCGCCUGCUGCUGGGCGGUGGCUCCUACAAAUGCAUCAAAUGCAGCAAGGUGUUCUCCACACCGCACGGGCUGGAGGUGCACGUGCGCCGGUCCCACAGCGGCACGAGACCAUUUGCGUGCGAGAUGUGCGGCAAAACUUUCGGGCACGCGGUGAGCCUAGAGCAGCACAAGGCCGUGCACUCUCAGGAACGGAGCUUUGACUGUAAAAUCUGUGGCAAGAGCUUCAAGAGGUCAUCCACACUGUCUACACACCUGCUCAUUCACUCAGACACCCGGCCUUACCCCUGUCAGUACUGUGGCAAGAGGUUCCACCAGAAGUCCGACAUGAAGAAACAUACCUUCAUCCACACAGGUGAGAAGCCCCACAAAUGCCAGGUGUGUGGUAAAGCAUUCAGUCAGAGCUCCAACCUCAUCACUCACAGCAGGAAGCACACGGGUUUCAAGCCCUUUGGCUGUGACCUGUGUGGGAAGGGCUUCCAAAGGAAGGUGGAUCUCAGGAGGCACCGGGAGACACAGCACGGAGUCAAAUGAGUAACUUGACCUUCUGGGACACCAGCU